UGUCAAAAAACGUCAGCGUCCGUCAAGUUGGGGCUGCACAAAAUCGAACUUUUUCCUUGUUGAUUGCGGCAGCAUUUCAUUCGUUUCUCCGGGACACGCCAUCGCUUUGAGCUAUACUUUCAUCCGAAUCCGGAUCAACGUACAACAAUCAGCACAAACAGCAGCUAAAAAAUGGGCGUUCUAGAAUCCCUCGGUUUGGAUGGGCUUCUAAGCGAUGUCCAGCGAAUGGACAAGCGCCAGUUUUUCUUCCAGAUGCUCAGCUUCGGUAUGAUUGUCUCCUCGGCUCUUAUGAUCUGGAAGGGACUCAUGGUGGUCACCGGAAGUGAAUCUCCAAUCGUUGUCGUUCUCAGUGGCAGCAUGGAACCGGCUUUCCAUCGCGGGGACUUACUGUUCUUGACCAACCAGGAGGAACCGGUCCGUGUCGGCGAAAUUGUGGUGUUCAAAAUCGAAGGUCGUGACAUUCCAAUCGUGCACCGGGUGAUCAAGCUGCACGAGAAAAACAACGGCACAGUGAAAUUCCUCACCAAGGGUGACAACAACAGUGUGGACGAUCGAGGUCUUUACGCUCCCGGCCAGUUGUGGCUAACCAAGAAGGACAUCGUCGGACGGGCCAGGGGCUUCUUGCCGUACGUGGGUAUGAUCACGAUAUACAUGAACGAGUAUCCGAACCUGAAAUACGGCAUUCUGGGAUUGUUGGCGCUGUACGUGCUACUUCAUAGGGAAUAGAUCUCAUUUUCUGAAACAGGUGUAUAAAGAAGGCAAAAAGAUUGUGAAUGUUGCCGUAUGGGCGUGUCCAAGAGAAGGUGAUUUUGUUUUUCGAGCGAUUAGUGAAUGAAAAAAAAAAAGCAAAACAACGCAUUUUACAGUUCUAGGUAAUAAAACAAACCGAAAACAUCUGUGAACGAAGCGUGAACAGGUGCACUACUUAAAAAUAUAAGAAAUAAAAUCCUACACCUCUACA